AUGGCCUGUAAGCAGCCAGCGCCAGCGAUGGCUCACAGGAAGAGGCCAGGGACCAGUGGCUCCAGCUGCAGCAUGGUGGAGCCCCCCGCCCGGCCGCCCUGCCCCGCCGCCUACCCCCCAGAGCAGCACAGCCAGGACCAUGAGGAGGGGCCUGGGGAGGGGGAGGAGGAGGAGGAGGAGGAGGUCCACUACUGCCGCCAGCAGGGCCUGAAGCCAGAGCUGACGGACAGCCGGCCGGCCACACCUACUACACCGGAGCCGGAACACGAGCAUGAACACAGCCAUGACCACGAUCACCCAGACUGCCAGGACCAUGAUGACCACAGUCACAGCGACGACCAUGCAGAGUGCCAUGGCCACGACCACGAGCAUGCAGACUGUCAUGGUCACGCUCACGGUCACAGUCACGACGAUGUAGACUGCCAUGACCACGACCAUGGCCAUGUCCAGAGUCACAUCAAUGACCACCACGACCAUGCAGGAUGCCAAGGCCACCGCCACGACCACGCUGACAGCCUGGACGGAGACUCCAGCUCUGACUAUGUAAACAACACCUCAGAGGAGGAGGACUAUGAUGAAGGUCUGCCGGAGGAGGACGAGGGCGUCACCUACUACAUCCGCUAUUGCCCUGAGGAUGACAGCUACCUGGAGGGCAGCAUGGACUGCAAUGAGGCCGAGGCUGACUAUACCGCCAGCACCGUGCAGCACGUCCGGGCUGAGCCGCCGGCCGACACAGACGAGUGCCAGGAGGCGGUGGAGGAGUGGGUGGAGGGAGAAGGGGGGGUGGAGGUGGGGGAGGUGCGCUGUGAGGUGGUAGAGCAGGACCCAGAUGAACAGAUCUACGACGGGCGGCCGGAGCCCAUCCUGGACCACCACCCUCACCCCGCCGCCAUCCUGCAUGAGUCCCCCGCACCCACAGAGGAGGAAGAAGAGGAGGGGGAGGAGUACCUUCCUAACGAUGAGGAGGUGGUAGAGGAGGAGAGAGCUGGGGUUGGCUACACUGGGGACUGCUAUGCGCCAGAGGAGGACAAUGGGAACUCUGUGGUUCACGUACCGCGGUCUCCAUACCGUGGCCGUAAGGUGGUAGUGGAGGGGGAGACGGGGGAGGAGACGGGGGAGGAGGACAUUGACCAGAUAGUGGCAGAGAUCAAGAUGAGUAUGAGCAUGGGUAGCCUGAGCAGUGGUGGUACUGACCAGAGCCCUGAGGAGCUGGUGCAAGACGGUGCACCCAGUGAUUACCACCCUCCUGAGGCCCAUGCCAAGCCUGAGCCUGCCCCCUACACCCCAACCCCACACCGCCACGACAGCAGACCCAAGUCCCUCAACCUCCCCUCCACACGGCACAACAACCCUGAUCUCCAGAGGGGCUUCAAGGUUCGCUCCCGCACCCCUGAGGAGCGACAGCGGUGGGCUCAAGAACAGGUGAGAGGGAGAGGCCAUUUUGAUGGGUAUUUUAUACACACGCUCAUUGAAUCUACUCUAUUGAAAUGAUGUGAAUGAAAAGUCAGGCAUACAGUUUAGGUGUUGAGAAGGUUGUCAGAAUAUAAGUCCAACGUUUAAUCUCUCUUCCACAUUUUACAGGGAGUUUAAGGGCAGAGUGAUCAAAGUUAUUUUCAGACUUCAUUUUUCCGAUUCAAACACUAAUCUCCUGGAUAAACAUGACUUGGGUUUUUAAUCGUCUAGAUUUUGGGGCAUUUAUCAAACUAUCCAUUUUAAAAGGACUAAACCAACCCUUAAACCAUGGUCCUCCUUCUUUACACUUUACCUUAGUGGGGGAUGGUCCAAUGCCCUCAGGGAGAGAUCUGUAUAGAGUAACGUUAUACAUUAAAGGUCAAAUCGGGGUUGCUUAUAUUUGUCCUGUUUCACACACGUACAAGUGUGUAACCUGUACAGUGUGUGGUGAAAUGGAAAUGUUUUUUUUUGCAUAUCCCACUCCCCCUGAGACACCCUUGGAGAGUGGGGUCACGGCAUGUGUUUAAUACAUAAGAUGUACGGUCAGGUUAUGUUCAGAUUCUGGAGCAGACCUAUGCCAUUGGAACUGAUUAAAACAAGAUUUGUGAUAGGGAGAUAUUUAUUAUGUGUGAGGUGGUUGACAGGCAGGUUAUUGCAUUGUAGCUAUAGUGUAGCUAGUGAGACCCUUCCCUUCCCCCAGCUGGAGACCCAUCCCCCAGCCACAGCCAGACACCUUGAGCUCCCCUCUCCAUCUCCCACGCCCACUGCCCUCAUUCAGAUCCAGCCUGUUCUUGUAUUCCACACACACACACACACAACACACACACACACACACACACACACACACACACACACAAUCACACACACACACACACACACACACACACACAUAGCCUCUUCCUGUCCUCCCCCCAAGCCGCUCUCUGAGUCCUACCAUGCUCGCCCCCAGCCCAGCCAGAUGGUGAGGUGAGGGGAGAGCCUAUGUGUGCCCUGCGGUAUGGGACGGCAGCAUGCUGAUACACACCUGCUCCAUUGUGUGGAUGUGUGUUAUGCAUAACAGUGUGUAUGGUUGUAUGUGUCUGUGUGUGUUCUCUUUACUGUGUUGUUGGAGAGAAGUGGGACAGGCCACAUAACUGGAUUAUAUUGGAAGCAAGCACAUAUUGUGCAGAACAGUCACUGACAACCAAAAUAAAAAAUCUACUGCCCAGGUUAAAUUCGGUGACUGUUUGUGAUUUUACGCAGCAGUUGUAAAUGUUUUGCAAAAUGCUUUCAGCGUUCAGGUACUGUGUUUAAGUCUCACUGAAGUGUUUGAAAACAUCAGAUUCAGGCUGGAUACUUCCUCCUUCCUCAGGGCAGAUAUUUGUUUUAUCCUGUCAAACAACAAAUGGAAAUGAUUAUUAAUUAAUUACUGUUUGUUCAAGCUGAUGUGUAGAUGUUGAAUACUAAUCAGGAUUUAUGAUUGUGCUGUUGCUGUAAAUAGAAGGAUUGUUGAAUUAUGUUAAUAUGAAAUUAGAGCAAUUUCAUAAUCUUUAAUUUCAUAAUCUUUAUCAUGCUUUGCUUUACCAUGCUUUGCAAAGUAAAUGUGAACUGUCAUGACUAUAGCGGUACUCAAACACUAUUAUGUUGUGUGUGUAAUUCAGAGAAAUACGUGUUACUGAACUCAAUUAAUGUCUAAUAAUAGCAUGACCAUAUUUUUUUUUCAUUACACCUACUCUCUUUUCUCCGACCCAUAGAGAACUGUACCGGACUGUAUUACUAAUGUAUGUUAGCUGUAGCUCCCUAAGGGACCGGCCCUUUUUUUUUCAUUUCUACUGUCUGCUUGGAAAUGUACUAUUAACUCUCUGUUGCCCGCUGGUCCCUGUUUAACCCCUGGUUUAACCCCCACAGAUGACAAACGGUGCAGAGCAGCCCAGGAAACAGCAGCGCUCUGACCUCAACGUGCCGCUGGAGAACAACAAUGUCCCGGAGGUAAACUGUCUCUGUCUGGACCUGGCUCGUCUGAGGCAGCAGUCCAAACUCAUUGUGACAGAUGAUAUUAUGUGGAAUACAUAGGAUUACCGUCCUGUGCUUGCCUUCAGAGCCCGUGUCAUGGGUGUGAAGGGAUUUUCUUCUGAUUAUUAUCAUACAGAUUAUUUAUCAUCAAAUCAAAUCAAGCUUUAUUUAUACAGCACAUUUCAGACAUGGAAUGCAACACAAUGUGCUUUACAGGAAAAAACUUAUAAAAAACAAUUCAAAUAAAAGCUGAAAUAUGUAAUACACAACAAACAUAAGAUAAAUAACAAAAUAACAAACUGAACAACUAAAAAGCACCCUAAGGAAAAGCAAAGCUAAAAAGAUGUGUUUUAAGAUCUCUUUUAAAUAUGUCCACAGUUUCGGCCCCCCUCAGGUUCUCUGGCAGGCUGUUCCAGAGGCUGGGGGCAUAAUAACUAAAGGCUGCCUCACCAUACCUCUUGGUCCUAGGCUUUGGGAUAGUUAAAAGGCCAGUCCCAGAGGAUUUAUGAGAAUCAAUUAACUGUGUUUAUGAAUUAAUGAAGUCCCUGUCUCCAGCUAACACAGUGUGGUUGUCCAGUUUGCUUAAGGAAAUCACCACUGUUAUUAAUGUGGACAUUUCUCUCAGGGACAUUCUGUACAAUGCUGCUAUCCUCCUCCCCCACUUCCAUUGCUCUGAAAGGAAGGGAAUUGGCUGUGCCCUUUUUUGACUCAGCAGUCAAACCACUGGUUGGGAGCAGCAAGCUGUGUGUUUACAUCAGGGAAAACCACUCAACCUUGAUCUGACUGUUGAAAUGACGCUCAGAGACACAGCCCUUUCUGCUCUGAACAACCUCCAUAAGAGCCCUCUCCUCUGCCCAACCCAGACUUGACUUAUUAUCCUAACAUGGUUUUGUCCAGCCAGGCUUUCAUUCACACGACAGCACUAAGCCUGGAGAGCACAGCCGAACUGCAGAGCGAGGCACAUCUUCACUUUAAAGGUUGUCUAGUAUGAUACGGAAGCAUUUAAGUAUCGGCAAAGCAACAGCUGGGUGUAUAUUUGCGGGAGGCCACUAUAGCAUAAGUGUACCAACAUAUACUAGGAUGUUGUUUCCCUUUAAGUUAUCAAGUGGAUUGAUAGUGCUCCUGGGCCUUCCUCACAGACUGUAAUGAACGGCCACUCAUAUUUCAGCCUGGACCCUCCAUUUGAGUGGCAUGUCUUUCAAGUGAUGGCCAUAACUCAGAGUGCUUUAAUGUGUGGCUAUAUCAUGCAGAGCUCUGUAGAAGUAUUGAUAUACAGUAGUGUUUCACAUCUGAAGAUUUAGGCAUGUCAUGACCUUGCAUGUUAACAUGGACCACUGUUUACAAUCAGGUCGAUGCCAUGAAGUUGUACUUCCUUUGAUCUGUACUAUACACUCUUAGAAUUUUUUUCUCAAAAGGGUUGUUCGGCUGUCCCCGUAGGAUAACCCUUUUUGGUUCCAGGUAGAACCAUUUUUGCUUCCAGGUAGGACCCUUUUGAGUUCCAUGUAGAACUCUCUGUGGAAAGGCUUCUACAUGGAACCCAAAAGGGUUCUACCUGGAACCAAAAAGGGUUCUUCAAAGGGUUAUCCUAUGGAGACAGCCGAAGAACCCUUUUAGGUUCUAGAUAGCACCUUUUUUUCGAAGAGUGUAGCACACUUCUAUGUAUUCAGUUUUUGCAUCGUUUCUUACAUUUUCUUCCUUAUCUGUUCAUGAAUAGGGUUUGUAUCAAUUUCAUAGGCUACUUUGAACUGAUGUUCAAAAAUGCUUCAUCUUCUUUGAUAGAAUGAAGCUUUUGGAGUUUGUUGGUCUGUUGUCUGUUGUUUGUUGUGGAAGCCAAAAGCCUUGCAGAGUGGCGGUUUUCCUUUGAGUUUCAUGAAAUGAGAUAAUGCAUAUUUCAUUCUGUUUCACUACUUCAGAGAGUUCAAUCAAGACUUUGUGUUUUUCAGGAAACAAAGAAAGCUGCAUCUUUCCCCAGCUUUGUUGAUGGUAAGCUACCUCUACAUUUGUUUCAUUUAACUCUGUCUCAUAACUACUCCAGAUGUUUCAAUAUGUUGAGGAUGAAAUCAAAAUACAAAAAUGCAUCAAAUUCAUCAAAUUCACAACAUCCAAAACAGAUAUUCCCUGUAAGAGGCUUAUAUCACUUUGGGUGCAGGGAUCUGCUCAUUCCAAGGAUAUUAGAUUUAUCUCUCUAUUUCAAGCGCCUUAAUAACCACUCAAAAUCUAGUUGCAAAAUGACAGAUCGUGGCGUAUUAACGAGAGAAAAUAUGAGCUUGCAGCUGUUGCAUGCGAUCAACAUGUUAUUAUGAGAGAGAGCAAGAGAGAGAGAGAGAGAGAGAGAGAGAGAGAGAGAGAGAGAGAGAGAGAGAGAGAUUGAUCAACAGAUGAAUGAGUCUGCAUUUGAAAAUGAAGACGAAUUAUCAUAUUCAUUUUUCACUAUCUUUAUUUGGGCAAUUUACUUGAGAGCCAUCAUGUCAGACAUGUCAGUGAGUUACUCGUCAAUGUGGGAGAGCUACAGUGGGGAAAAAAAGUAUUUAGUCAGCCACCAAUUGUGCAAGUUCUCCCACUUAAAAAGAUGAGAGAGGCCUGUAAUUUUCAUCAUAGGUACACGUCAACUAUGACAGACAAAAUGAGAUGUUUUUUCUCCAGAAAAUCACAUUGUAGGAUUUGUAAUGAAUUUAUUUGCAAAUUAUGGUGGAAAAUAAGUAUUUGGUCAAUAACAAAAGUUUCUCAAUACUUUGUUAUAUACCCUUUGUUGGCAAUGUCUUCACAAGGUUUUCACACACUGUUGCUGGUAUUUUGGCCCAUUCCUCCAUGCAGAUCUCCUCUAGAGCAGUGAUGUUUUGGGGCUGUCGCUGGGCAACACGGACUUUCAACUCCCUCCAAAGAUUUUCUAUGGGGUUGAGAUCUGGAGACUGGCUAGGCCACUCCAGGACCUUGAAAUGCUUCUUACGAAGCCACUCCUUCGUUGCCCGGGCGGUGUGUUUGGGAUCAUUGUCAUGCUGAAAGACCCAGCCACGUUUCAUCUUCAAUGCCCUUGCUGAUGGAAGGAGGUUUUCACUCAAAAUCUCACGAUACAUGGCCCCAUUCAUUCUUUCCUUUACACGGAUCAGUCGUCCUGGUCCCUUUGCAGAAAAACAGCCCCAAAGCAUGAUGUUUCCACCCCCAUGCUUCACAAUAGGUAUGGUGUUCUUUGGAUGCAACUCAGCAUUCUUUGUCCUCCAAACACGGCGAGUUUACCAAAAAGUUAUAUUUUGGUUUCAUCUGACCAUAUGACAUUCUCCCAAUCCUCUUCUGGAUCAUCCAAAUGCACUCUAGCAAACUUCAGACGGGCCUGGACAUGUACUGGCUUAAGCAGGGGGACACGUCUGGCACUGCAGGAUUUGAGUCCCUGGUGGCGUAGUGUGUUACUGAUGGUAGGCUUUGUUACUUUGGUCCCAGCUCUCUGCAGGUCAUUCACUAGGUCCCCCCGUGUGGUUCUGGGAUUUUUGCUCACCGUUCUUGUGAUAAUUUUGACCCCACGGGGUGAGAUCUUGCGUGGAGCCCCAGAUCGAGGGAGAUUAUCAGUGGUCUUGUAUGUCUUCCAUUUCCUAAUAAUUGCUCCCACAGUUGAUUUCUUCAAACCAAGCUGCUUACCUAUUGCAGAUUCAGUCUUCCCAGCCUGGUGCAGGUCUACAAUUUUGUUUCUGGUGUUUCUUUGGUCUUGGCCAUAGUGGAGUUUGGAGUGUGACUGUUUGAGGUUGUGGACAGGUGCCUUUUAUACUGAUAACAAGUUCAAACAGGUGCCAUUAAUACAGGUAACGAGUGGAGGACAGAGGAGCCUCUUAAAGAAGAAGUUACAGGUCUGUGAGAGCCAGAAAUCUUGCUUGUUUGUAGGUGACCAAAUACUUAUUUUCCACCAUAAUUUGCAAAUAAAUUCAUAAAAAAUCCUACAAUGUGAUUUUCUGGAAAGAAAAUUCUCAAUUUGUCUGUCAUAGUUGACGUGUACCUAUGAUGAAAAUUACAGGCCUCUCUCAUCUUUUUAAGUGGGAGAAAUUGCACAAUUGGUGGCUGACUAAAUACUUUUUUCCCCCACUGUAUAUCUAAGCAGGCCAAUCCCAGGCCUCUGUGUAUGUUUGGUUCGAGAUGUUUUCAAGGCAUUCUUCGCCAGGCCCCUCUCACCACUGGGUCAACGAACGGCAGGGCCUAAUCUUCCUGGAGGCUGAGCUGUUUCUUUCUUUCACUCUCUCUGAUAUCAUGACAGUGCAUUGUAUCCCUCAGUGGAUGUCACAGAGUCCACAUCUACAUAUCACACGGGCACAUUGAUCCCCCUGUGCCUCUCUCAGCUCCCUUCCCACCCGUGGACAUUUUACUGCUCAAGCCUCCACCAUGAUUGUUUCUCUGCAUAAUACCCAACAGCUACAGAAUUGCAGUGUUUGAUUUAUUGAAAUUGUACAUACAGAAGGCUACCAAUACUCAUACGUAUAUGACCUUUCAUCUCAGAGCUUAACUAGAAUAACACAGAGAUUUCUUUGUUUUGCAAAAUAAAUAUGAUCUAAUAGCGUUGAUCUUCUCCUGCUCCUUCGUUUCUCUGUCCAUCCCUUCUCCCUGUCUCUCUCUGUCAGUUCCAGGGCCCUGUGAGCCAGAAGAUCUUAUUGAUGGCAUCAUCUUUGCUGCUAACUACCUGGGCUCCACCCAGCUGCUCUCUGAGAGGAACCCGUCCAAGAACAUCCGCAUGAUGCAGGCCCAGGAGGCUGUCAGCCGGGUCAAGGUACGGACAGACAACAGACAGGCCUUCCAUCACACACACACACACACACACACACACACACACACACACACGCACACAUAGACACGCACACACACACACACACACACACUGCACCACCCGUUUCAAAUCCCUUCCUCCCUUCUUUUCAUUUGAAUGUUGUUUUGAUCUUGUAUGUUUUCACUGUGACUCUAGGAACCGUUUUGGAAGAUUCAGAGUGAGGGUGUCAGAUGUGUUUGUUUACAUCCCAGGAGACAGUGUCCAAUCUAGUAGGAUUAUUGCUACUGUAAUGUAGGAUGCAGUGGUACUGUGUAAUCAUGUUCCUCCCCAGUGGGUUAGUUUACAGUCCUUUAGCUCUGUUUACAACCCACUCUUUUAUUUUUAUACUGUCAGGAUUUAAUGAUGCCCUAUAGAGGGAACAACCCCUUAAGGUAUUCAUCAAUAUUAUUUGAUCUUUCUAGUUAUAGUAUAUCUGAAUAAACUUUAUAUUCAUGUUUCAGGCAUAUAGAAAAACCUGAUGGAGACAUCAAAGCUUAUACAGUGUAUUGACAUAACCGCUGGAAACCUUUUUAAUUAGUGCUCUAAAUGGAACCUCUUGCUGUAGAUAGUCUGCAAUCUGGGCAGACAGAUAUAACAGUUUUAUAAAUGGAGUUAAAAUGUGAGUGCAAGAUGCUGGUCUUUUUAAUUAAAGUGAGGUCCAGAUUGGCCUAUUAAAUCCACAUGGACAUCAAUACUGUUUACCUCCCCAGUCAGAGCAGUUUGAGAUUUGGCCAGAAUUAGCAGUCCAUUAGGGCUUCAGUUGGGCCAGAUUGGGGUAAAGCACGUGUCACAUGGUGUUGGUAAUGGAUUGCUGGAACACAGAGGUUAUGUUUCCCCUUCCAUUUCCGCCCCCUUUUCUACAUUUCUUCUCUGCUAUGAAUACUGAUGGGGAGCAGCCAGAGAGGAUGGCCAUAUUCAAAACAGACUCAGCCACUGUGCAUUUCAAUCACUUCACUACUGGUUGGCUUUCAACUAGCUCUAGAGUUAUAAUUGCUUUUGGCAGUCUAGCUUUUGACAUUUUCCCUCAGUCUGAUAACAGUAUGAUCACAAAUAUAGUAUUUGCACGGUAUGUAUUCCCAUGCAGUGAAAUGUGUAUGUUUUUGAAUGAGUUCAUGUGUGCUGACAAUGUAUUGUUGAGACCAUAGACAAGGAGACUCUGUACAUGAUUUUGGGAGCUAUACCUAUUGGAUAAAAGAAAAUACAACCUAAGAUGAAACACCAAAUGUUCAUAAGCUGUCCAGGCACAAUACAUUUCCUCUCCCUCUCAUGAAAACAUGGGCUGGCCUGUAUCAUUAAUGUUUUAUAACCUAACUCACAGUGGUCCACUGGCACUCAGCUGGGAUCUACUUUUAGAAACAUCCACCUGUGGCAAGGCCAGCCAGUCACUGCAGAGCAGAGAUGGGGGUGUGUGUUAGCUCAGUGGGUCAGAUUGGCCCACAGCUCUGUGUGACACAGUGGCACACUCUCCUGUCCAGCAGAAGUCUGCUUCAGCAGGCACAAGACUGGGGCAGGUGACCCUCCCAUCUGAGCAGCUGCCAGCUUUCCUUUGGGAAAAGCUGGCAGCUUUUGGAGGGAUAUUUGUCUUGAAGGCACCUGCCUUUCUUCCACUGCUGCUGGGAUCUGUCUCCAUCCAUCCCAGUGAAAAGAAAUCCAAUCUGUCCUUCCAUUCUCUCCCUACCAUCCAAGGCCUUUGAAGUUGAAACCAUGGCAACACUUAACUGCAAGUUGUUGUUUUUUAUGUUGGCUGUUCAGCUGUGGAGGAGGCCAUCGGAAAGCAUGCCACUUGUCCUCUGUAGCUCAGCUGGUAGAGCACGGCGCUUGUAACGCCAAGGUAGUGGGUUCGAUCCCCGGGACCACCCAUACACAAAAAUGUAUGCACGCAUGACUGUAAGUCGCUUUGGAUAAAAGCAUCUGCUAAAUGGCAUAUUAUUUAUUAUUAUUAUUCUCUCCCAUUUGUACAUUUUAGUCAUUUAGCAGAUGCUCUUAUCCAGAGCGACUUACAGUUAGUGAGUGCAUACAUUUUUCAUACUGGCCCCCCCGUGGGAAACGAACCCACAACCCUGGCGUUGCAAGCACCAUGCUCUACCAACUGAGCUACAGGGGACCUUUCUGAAGAGGAACUGCAGAUGAUGUGUCUCUCCACAGAUGAAUUGGCCAUAUGUCACUCUGGAGGCAGGGGAUUGGGCUCUUUUAUGUUUUGGUAGCUACCAUUUCUUCACACACCAACCCCUUAACACUGUGACUGGGCAUGGUGCUCUGUGCUGCCUGCCUCUACCAUUUUAUGGUUCUCAGAUCUUAGCCACUCCAACACCAACAACAACCCACACACAGCUUAAUUACACUGCUGUCCUCAAUAUUUAGUCCAAAGCUACAGAGAAUGAAGUGAGCCUUUACAAACACAAAAAAACAUAACAUUGCAGGUAAAUAGCACAGCGUCUUAUGUUUUAUUUAUGCAAAUCUUUUUUGGCAUGCAACCCUCAUUUUGAUGUAAUAUUUAUGCAGCUUCAUCGCCCACUCCCUUUUCUGCCUGCCUUGAUUUGCUGCAGUGGAUGUAGCUGGAUGUAGCUGGAGGACUCAGAUGUCUGCCUUGCAUUAGGAGGGCUGAAGCUGGAGGAGUAAAUGUGUUACAAACAACCCAGGAUUAUCCCUGUAGGCCAUUCUCUGCUCUGCUUCCCAUACAAACACAAAUAAACUGACUAGUUGCAGCACGCAAACAUCCAACUUGCUCGACCGUCUGAGAGGCAAGAUCAUGCCCUCUGCUCUAUCUCUCAGCACAUUGUGAAGCGUAGAGAGAGCACUGACCCUUCCUCUGCUCCUGACUGGCUGGCUUGCAGAGAGCUGUGGCACCAACUCCCUCAGGCAGCCAAGGAACAGAGUCUAUCUGACUGAUAAUGGAUGGGACUGGAAACAGAUCAACCAGUUUCAGCUCAGGGCUCACAAACACAAACAGAGGUCCUUUAUGUGUCUGGACUUCACUACACCCUCCUUCUGGUCCUGUGCAGUCGACAUACAGCGUUAAGGUCUUUUUGUGGCGCUCAGUGUUGGGAGAGGGAAAGGGGGAUACCUAGUCAGUUGCACAACUGAAUGCAUUCAACCAAAACAGAGAGGUGUGAGAUUAACUGAAUCUGAAUCUUAACUGAAUUAACUGAAUCUGAAUCUGUGUUUGUCCGUGUUUUCUGGUCAGCCACCCUACAGUAGGUUUCUCAAUGUGUUGUUAUUAGACCAUUUGAAAACCACUCAGUCACCAACUGUCAGUUUUGACAUCUCAUUUCUCUAGGGGGAUGGUGACUGAUGUCAAUACAGGACUAAAUCAUUGCGUUGCCUUAAAUUACAUGUCAAGUCAUCUCAGGAUGCUGGGCUCUGCUGUAAUUCCUCACCAUGUUCUGAAAGAAUGUGUUGUGGACAGGAAGGGUAUGCCAAGCAUGUCUUGCCUUGACUUGAUCCUGAAGCCCUUUGAUAGAGUAUUUGCAUAUGCUACUGAAGUUCCCUUUUUUACUUUGAUAUAAAGGUAUGGUAUCAACUCAUUUUUGCAUGUCUUUAUGAUUUGCUGUAUUCAAAAGAGCAGUUGAAUUUGUUUCUGCAGAACACAGCUGUGCCACCGCUCCUCUCCCUUUCAGAGCAGUGACACACCUGCUGUUUGGUUUAGUUAUUGUCUCUUACUUUCUUUUACUUUCUUUAUUUCCUGCCCUCUGUUUUUGCCGCUCCUCCUGUCCCGUGUCUGACGACCCUGUUCUGUCCCAACGACUCCUCCCAGAGGGUUCAGAAGGCUGCCAAAAUCAAGAAAAAGGCGGUGUGUAAAACAAUCUGAUCUGAUAAGAACAGAGAAAAGGGACACCUUGACUCCACCAUCACCCUCCGGCUCCCUGUUCCAUCUGUGUGUACUGUCUGUCUGUCUCACCCUGACACACUCUGAGCCGUGGAGUGUGAGGAUGUGACUAGAAUCAUGAUGAGAAUCUCCAUAUCCCACUCCAUCUGAUUACCCAGCAUGCAUCACUGAGAGGCUGGACUGUGCGAACUCUGGGAACAUCCUAUCCCUGCAGCUUGUACUCUGAAAAACAGAGCCAGCAAACAUUUAAUCCAUUGAUGAUAUUGAUGAUGUAAAGAAAUAUUCUAGCCUACACAGAAUUACUACAAAUUAUAAUGAAUACUAUUAGACAUAUCAUCAAAUAAAUUGCUCCCCAGCUGUUUCAUUAUAUAGUACAUAUUUUAAAAACAUGUAUAUUAUGCUCCUCAUUAUACACACAUAACCUCUUAGUUAAUUAACCUAAAUCAAACGUUCAAGAUUGAAUUAAUACGCAGUGCGUGGUGAUUAGCGUGAAUGCAAUCCACAUGCCUGGGACUGGCAUUCACACACAUCCGGCAGCUCGUAAUGGCUUAGCUAGCACUGCUAUGUUGCUCCUACUCUCAUCUGUUCCAACUCUCAACACACCAACAUCAUGUCAGACCUAUUGAUGUAAAGCCCCAGAGCCAAUCGGGUCCCUCUGUGACUAUAUGACCAGCCCUCACUGCUGCUGCCUCAAAUCCCUUCCACUCUGCUCUGGUCUGGAUGCUGGCCCUGUCUGUCACUGAGAUGGCUGUUUUUGAUUCCACAUGUAUUCCAUGCAGUCAUGCAUGCACAAACACAUUACCAUUUAUCAUGAAAAUGAAUAUUAUUAAUCACUUAGCCAAGUUCCCAUUGUAAAGGUACAGUAGCCUACAGAGACCCAUUUUGUGUGGAACAAUGUGAGCAUGACCACCACUCAAUAAACAACAACAACAUCCUAUGGCAAUGCUACUAACCAAUCCUUUAGGAGAUAUCUAUGUGUUACAAUGUGUUAUAAUUCAGAUUAUGAAAUGGAAUAUGAAUGUACAUUUUAUGGCUGUUCUCUAUGGGUGUAGCUAUAGUCCAGCACUGACUGAACACCUACUGUAGGCUCGCCAGGAGUCUGCCGGGGCCCAACCUAUAACAUCAUUGCAUGAUUUAUGAAAUAGCUUUAAAACUGCUCUCAACGGGAGAUGAAAGAGUGCAGCCUCUUAACCGAGGCCCCUGGUGAGCUCUCCCCAGUCCUCAGCCCCCAGCCAGGGUGCUUACAGAAUGGGCACCAGGGCCACUCUCUCCUGCCACAGGGGGGACUCUGACACACCUGUCUCUCUCUUGUCUCCGUCCAGAGCCCAGAGGGGGACGCACACACACUGACAGAGGUGGACCUCUUCAUCUCCACCCAGAGGAUCAAAGUGCUCAACGCAGACACACAGGUGAGUAGAGGUCCUGACUCCAGCCUUAACAGGACCAAUCAAAUGCAGUGGGGCCAUAGACACGCAACUCCUCUCAGUGUCUUUUGUGACAGAUUUUGAUGAUCAUUUAUUGAUUUAAUCUUUUUUAUCUGAUCUCCCUCUGAGAGAGGAUAAAAAAAAAAAAUGUUAAAGCCAGAAAGCCUCUAUGGACAGCUGUCAAUAAAGUGGGACUUAGCAGUAAGAUGAAAGCUAGUUUUAAACACUUUGUAUCCCAACCCAUUUGAUUCCCAACCCAUUUGAUUCCCAACCCAUUUGAUUCCCAACCCAAUCCAUCUGCAAUAUUAAUUUGUCAGAAAUCAUCUCAACUCCAAAGCCAAAUUGUUUAGGACACAUAAGCUUGACACAUAACUUUGAACAGUAAUGCAGUUAUACAUUAGGUACAGUGUAACUUUACUCUUGAUGUCACGCCUUAAUGUCGUAUGGGAACCUAUGGGAAACAAGAUUGUCCAAUGUGAGAGGGUCAGCCACAGUGUUAACAGUGAUGUCUCUGCUGUAGAGUGCCAGCUGACUGUGAACAGAAUGUGUGUCCCUGUCGUUGAGUUGCAGUCCUACUGAACAGAACAGCAGUGUGUGGGCUGGCUGCCUGGCAGAGCCUACUGUAACGUGCUGCAAUGCAGUGUCUCUCUACUCCACUCCCUGCCUGGCACAAGGCUACCUACUUCCCGCAACCAUCAAGAUGGCAAAAGUCUGGAUUUAUGGGGCUCUGUUGGUAGCAACACAAUGUCAUUUUCAUGUGAUUUUUCUUAUUGACUAUACCAAUUGUACCAUUUCCUAGAUGGAAUAAUGUAAUAUUUCAUACACACUAAGAACAUUUGUGCCGCGUAUAAAAAUGUAAGAGCGAUCCUAUUGAAUAAUCUUUUUAAAAUAAUCUCAAAACGUGCCUUGGUUCAGUCUCUGCUGUCUGUGUGUACCAGAGGGAAUGAGAACAUUUGAGAACAUCAGAUUGAUUAGAGCUGUGAUUUCCAUGCCUGGCCUGCUACGGAGCAUAUGGGCUAAAUGGAAAUGCAUGGAUUUCUGCCACACUGCUGAGGCUGCUCACCAUGAGAAAGGUGAAAGGCUGUGGGCACAGCAUGCACAGACAAAUUGGAUCAUUAAUUCUGCUGACGGACUAAUUAUGUUUUGCUGAAGAGCGUGCAGGACAGAGCUGAGCAUUCCUGCUCCUUGUCGGUCAUGUUCCGCACUACCAGACACUCAUGUGAAGAUAAACACCUUGUCAUACUUCAUCUGAAGCUUACAAAAACACACAAUGUGUUUAUUUUACUCUAAGCCUCAAUUGUAAUACACAAUAUACUAGUUGUUCAUUGUUUGUUGCUGUGGUUGCAUACACAGGAAACUAUGAUGGACAACGCCCUGCGCACCAUCUCCUACAUAGCUGACAUUGGGAACAUUGUGGUGCUGAUGGCGAGGCGCCGCAUGCCCCGCACAGCCUCCCAGGACUGCAUCGAGACCACACCUGGAGCCCCAGAGGCCAAGAAACAGUACAAGAUGAUCUGCCACGUCUUUGAGUCUGAGGACGUAAGUGUCUGUGUGUCUGUGAUCUAUCCCUUGAGGCUAUAAUCGAAUGGUACAAUGUCCUGAACUGGAGGACUAGGAUCAGGACCAGGUGAAAGGUUAUGCACAGGACAUGUUUCUAAAUGUAGAAGUCAUGUGUUGUGACUGAUUCAGAGAUUAGUCACAACACAUUAUGAAUGACAUGUUCGCCUCCCCUAGCCAGCGUGCGUCUGCCCCUGCAUUGCAGUUGUCCCUCUCUAUCUCUCUAUGUCUAAUUAGCUGCUGUGGCAUAAAGGACAGUCAGUCUGAGUGUUAACACAUGAGUCAUUUAGCCUCAGCUCAGAAGGGACAAUUAUACAUUUCAAUUAUGCCUCUCCCAACAGUGUCUUAUUACUUUAUACCUAUGACAAGGUAGGCUUGAUCCUGGGUCUACUGGUCUGGAUAAGGGCAGCUACUGCCUUUACUGUCUCCAUUCGUUAUGGGCAGGAGCAUUAAUGGAGUUUCCCCAUGGUUAGGGGUAAGGAGUGGGACAAUAUUAUGGGAUUCUUAAAACUCAAAUAGCAGGUUAUUUAUAUUGGCCCCCUGUCCCUCGGUCAGUGCAGAGACGUUGCCAAUGUGUGAUAUGCUGUCUGUCACAGUAAUAUUGCCAAUUUUCAGCCACACCACAGUCCAGGAUGUGCUUCAUGUGUCUAUCAAAGCCCAGCAUGCGGUUGGAUGUCAGUUUGUUAACAGGGCAACCACAGCUUGCUUCCUUCCUUAGGAAACAUAUUAUUCCCUAAAACAGCCUGAGGGGAAGUAGGAGGUAAAUAUAGGGAAUUAUAAGGAAACUAUAUGGGAGAGAAACAUCCCUAAUAUCUAAUGAUAUGCAAUUAGAUUACUCCCCUUUUCUUCUCCUCUUUAGAUCAGCUUUUUACAAUCAAUACCUUUGCCAUUUUAGACAAAAAAUGAAGCAAUCAUUGCACCAAUGCUAUAGGCUUCAUGAUGCUCAUUGCUUUGGCUGUGCGAACAUGUUUUGGUCCAUUUACAGUGAGGGAAAAAAGUAUUUGAUCCCCUGCUGAUUUUGUACAUUUGCCCACUGACAAAGAAAUGAUCAGUCUAUAAUUUUAAUGGUAGGUUUAUUUGAACAGUGAGAGACAGAAUAACAACAAAAAAAUCCAGAAAAGUGCAUGUCAAAUACGUUAUGAAUUCAUUUGCAUUUUAAUGAGGGAAAUAAUUAUUUGACCCCUCUCAAUCAGAAAGAUUUCUGGCUCCCAGGCGUCUUUUAUACAGGUAAUGAGCUGAGAUUAGGAGCACACUCUUAAAGGGAGUGCUCCUAAUCUCAGCUUGUUACCUGUAUAAAAGACACCUGUCCACAGAAGCAAUCAAUCAAUCAGAUUCCAAACUCUCCACCAUGGCCAAGACCAAAGAGCUCUCCAAGGAUGUCAGGGACAAGAUUGUAGACCUAGACAAGGCUGGAAUGGGCUACAAGACCAUCGCCAAGCAGCUUGGUGAGAAGGUGACAACAGUUGGUGCGAUUAUUCGCAAAUGGAAGAAACACAAAAGACCUGUCAAUCUCCCUCAGCCUGGGGCUCCAUCCAAGAUCUCACCUUGUGGAGUUGCAAUGAUCAUGAGAACGGUGAGGAAUCAGCCCAGAACUACACGGGAGGAUCUUGUCAAUGAUCUCAAGGCAGCUGGACCAUAGUCACCAAGAAAACAAUUGGUAACACACUAUGCCGUGAAGGACUGGAAUUCUGCAGCGCUCGCAAGGUCCCCCUGCUCAAGAAAGCACAUAUAAAGGGCCAUCUGAAGUUUGCCAAUGAACAUCUGAAUGAUUCAGAGGAGAACUGGGUGAAAGUGUUGUGGUCAGAUGAGACCAAAAUCGAGUUAUUUGGCAUCAACUCAACUCGCCGUGUUUGGAGGAGAAGGAAUGCUGCCUAUGACCUCAAGAACACCAUCCCCACCGUCAAACAUGGAGGUGGAAACAUUAUGGUUUGGGUGUGUUUUUCUGCUAAGGGGACAGGACAACUUCACUGCAUCAAAGGGACGAUGGACGGGGCCAUGUACCGUCAAAUCUUGGGUGAGAACCUCCUUCCCUCAGCCAGGGCAUUGAAAAUGGGUCAUGAAUGGGUAUUCCAGCAUGACAAUGACCCAAAACACAUGGCCAAGGCAACAAGGGAGUGGCUCAAGAAGAAGCACAUUAAGGUCCUGGAGUGGCCUAGCCAGUCUCCAGACCUUAAUCCCAUAGAAAAUCUGUGGAGGGAGCUGAAGGUUCGAGUUGCCAAACGUCAGCCUCGAAAACCUUAAUGUCUUGGAGAAGAUCUGCAAAGAGGAGUGGGACAAAAGCCCUCCUGAGAUGUGUGCAAACCUGGUGGCCAUCUACAAGAAAUGUCUGACCUCUGUGAAUCCAAUGGGUUUGCACAAUCACCUAUAAGUCAUGUUUAAUGAUGGGCAAUAGAUUAUCUCCCCUUAAAAUGAAAUCCUUUAUAAGCUUUUUAAAAUCACUUUUUGCCAUUUUUUGUAAAUUGUAACUGCACUCAUUCACCAAUCGCUAUAAGACUUAUGAGAUCAUUGCUUUGAGUGUGCGAACACGUAUCAAUCCAUGGUAUAUUUUUUUUCUCACUUGGUUUCAGACAGAAGCUAGUUGUCAGUAAUGAAGACAUGGCAAAUAGGUUUUGACAUUUAUAUUAAAUGUUUAUUGGACCUCAUAUAGUACUUGGCAACGGUGAAGCAAUUCCACUGUUGUCUUAUGUGCUUUGAUUCAUACCACAUAAAUGAAUAUUGAUCUGCAUCCCCCAGUUGCUCUGUGAUGUGAUUCUCCCCAUUGCUGUCACUAUGACAGUGUAUUGGCAGUGUAUUGCUUCUCUGCCAAAUGCAUAGCUGGUUUUAUUCAUAGCUGGUUUUAUUCAUAGAAAUAUAAUUACUAGAAGGGAAAAAGCAUCUCAGACCACAGCAAUUUGACUCUAACACUCAUGGGUAAAUUCUAUUUUCAUGGCCUUAUCCUCUCUUCUCAUUGGCUCUUCAGGCCCAGCUCAUAGCCCAGUCGAUUGGGCAGUCAUUUAGCGUGGCCUACCAGGAGUUCCUGAGGGCCAACGGCAUCAACCCAGAGGACCUGAGUCAGAAGGAGUACAGUGACAUCAUCAACACGCAGGAGAUGUACAACGAUGACCUCAUCCACUUCUCCAACUCUGAGAACUGCAAAGAGGUUUGGCUCUCAUUUAACUGUAUGAGGUAACUGUAUAAUGGUUCCUCAGCUGCACUGUACAAUCCACUUCUCUGAGUACUUUUUGAUGCUCAGUCAGUGCCCUCUUACAUAGGAUUAAAGAGUGUGAUGAGCAGUGAGGCAGUCUAGUUCUGUGGAAGUACUGCACAUGGACUGAGCCAAUUACCAGAGAAGCUGACAAUGGUCUUAUACCCAUCUGGCCCUCCUUCUUCCGCACAUUGUUUCUGUUCUUCCGCUACACCAUUAUAUUUCUCCGAUGAUACAUUUUUCUCCUGCCCACAAUCGCUUUGACUAGAGGCACUCAUCACUCUCUCUCGCUCUCUCUUUCUCUUUCUCUCGCUAUUGGCUGGCUCCACAGCUGCAGCUGGAGAAGCAUAAGGGAGAGAUCCUGGGCGUGGUCAUAGUGGAGUCUGGCUGGGGCUCCAUCCUGCCCACGGUCAUCCUGGCCAACAUGAUGAACGGUGGGCCGGCCGCCCGCUCCGGGAAGCUCAGCAUCGGAGACCAGAUCAUGUCCAUCAACAACACCAGCCUGGUAGGGCUGCCGCUCGCCACCUGUCAGGGAAUCAUCAAGGUACAUGGACAGGGCCAGAGUUCUAGGAAGAGUCAUUCAAUCAAAUCAAAUCAAAUUGUAUUUGUCACAUGCGCCGAAUACAACAGGUGUAGACCUUACCGUGAAAUGCUUACUUACAAGCCCUUAACCAACAAUGCAGUUUUAAGAAAAUAGAGUUAAGAAAAUAUUUACUAAAUAAACUAAAGUAAAAAAAUACAAAUACAAAUAAGUUACACAAUAAAAUAACAAUAAUGAGGCUAUACACAGGGGGUACCGGUACCGAGUCAAUGUGUGUGGGUACAGGUAUAAAUUAGUGGUUAUUAUGGUGACAUUACAUUAAUUGUGUAACACUACAUGAAUUCUGUAAUUUGAUCAUAAUUAUAAUGUAAAAUAAUCCACUGACUAAACCCAGUGGAGGUUGCAGGAUGUCCUCUGCUCUGUCUGACCACUGUGUUUGUCCAUCAGGGCCUGAAGAACCAGUUGCAGAUGAAGCUGAACAUUGUGAGCUGUCCCCCUGUCACCAACCGUGCUCAUCAAGAGGCCAGACCUCAAGUACCAGCUGGGCUUCAGUGUCCAGAAUGGGAUUGUAAGUACAAUCAGAUCAGGCACCACCACUUAGCCCUGUGUGCAAUGUCAAACUAUGAACACAGUGCAGUAGUGUUUUCAUUCAAGUCAUCACUCAACAGCAAAAGGCCUUGACCACUCUUCUUUUGUCUGUUUUUGGAAUACUGUGUUCUCAUGCAUAGGUUGAAUAACACAGGCUGUGACUGGUUGAAAAACGAGAUUCUGUACUAUAUCAAUGUCUUUGUCUAAUGAAACUUCAGUUCCCUCAGGAGGAUUUCAGCUGACAUGAGUUGAAUAGGAGAAGACAGCACUGUAAAUUAUUAAAAGCUUUUUUCUUUAUCUCCUUUCAGCUGGUACAGUCAUAUCUCUAAAGAAACCAAUUCUGAGUUAAAUAAUAUUGUAUCAAAUAAUAUGACAAGCUGUUAGCCUAUAGGUCUGUGCGUACAGUAUGUGAUUGCAUCAUGAGCUUUACAUGCUUUGAUAUUUAAAAAAAACAUGUUGCUCACACAUGUAUUUUAGUGUUCGUCAUACCACUUUAUUCAAGUCUGCAUAUUCAAGUUAUCCUCUGUAACACAUUGCUUCUUUGACACAAAUUGUCAACUCCUUAGAGCAAUAUUUAUGUAGUCUGACAAUAUCCCUUUAAAAUCCUGUUAAAUUUUUUUCCAGAUGCAAUUACUGUUUUAUCUCUUGUGGCUAUCAUUGCACUGAGGCUGAAGCUUGGAGCUUUAUUGCCUUAGGUUAUCAGCUCGGUGUGAACUGCCAUUUUCCUUGCUAGUGCAUACAGAUUAACCUUACAAUGUCAUUCAUAGAGCUCAAAUCUCACCCUGGUCUCUCCCUACCAGGAUCACACAACCAAAUCCAUUAACUAUCCUUGACAUUUUAGCAAUACAACUGUUCCAGUAGAUUUAAUGGAACAUCGUUGCAUCAUUGCUUUAUUCCCCUAUAGAAUUGCCCCUGUCUUGUUGCCCAUGGGGGUGAGUGACUGCCAUUAAGGAUAAUAUUCACCUUCUACUUGUCAUCUUCACCCACAGAUCUGCAGCCUGAUGCGUGGGGGUAUUGCUGAGCGAGGGGGUGUCCGGGUUGGCCACCGCAUUAUUGAGAUCAAUGGCCAAAGCGUGGUGGCUACAGCACAUGAGAAGAUUGUCCAAGCCCUCUCAAACUCUGUGGGCGAGGUGAGGUUCAGUUCAGAUACACAGAUAUAUUUCAUAAAGGAGCUCAGAGGACACCAGAAUCAAAUAGUAUGAAAGAGGAAUGAACAUAAGCAUGAUGCAUUCAUCUUUAUUUAUUUUUUAUUUAACCUUUAAUUAACCAGGUAAGCCAGUUGAGAACAAGUUCUCAUUUACAACUGCGACCUGGCCAAGAUAAAGCAAAGCAGUGCGAUAAAAACAACAACACAGAGUUACAUAUGGGGUAAAACAAAACAUAAAGUCAAAAAUACAACAGAAAAUAUAUAUACAGUGUGUGCAAAUGUAGCAAGUUAUGGAGGUAAGGCAAUAAAUAGGCUAUAGUGCAAAAUAAUUACAAUUAGUAUUAACACUGGAAUGAUAGAUGUGCAAAUAGAGAUACUGGGGUGCAAAUGAGCAAAAUAAAUAACAAUAUGGGGAUGAGGUAGUUGGGUGGGCUAAUUUCAGAUGGGCUGUGUACAGGUGCAGUGAUCGGUAAGGUGCUCUGACAACUUAUGCUUAAAGUUAGUGAGGGAGAUAAGAGUCUCCAGCUUCAGAGAUUUUUGCAAUUCGUUCCAGUCAUUGGCAGCAGAGAACUGGAAGGAAUGGCGGCCAAAGGAGGUGUUGGCUUUGGGGAUGACCAGUGAGGUAUACCUGCUGGAGCGCAUACUACGGGUGGGUGUUGCUAUGGUGACCAAUGAGCUAAGAUAAGGCGGGGAUUUGCCUAGCAGUGAUUUAUAGAUGGCCUGGAGCCAGUGGGUUUGGCGACGAAUAUGUAGUGAGGACCAGCCAACAAGAGCGUACAGGUCACAGUGGUGGGUAGUAUAUGGGGCUUUGGUGACAAAACGAAUGGCACUGUGAUAGACUACAUCCAAUUUGCUGAGUAGAGUGUUGGAGGCUAUUUUGUAAAUGACAUCGCCGAAGUCAAGGAUCGGUAGGAUAGUCAGUUUUACGAGGGCAUGUUUGGCAGCAUGAGUGAAGGAGGCUUUGUUGCGAAAUAGGAAGCCAAUUCUAGAUUUAACUUUGGAUUGGAGAUUCUUAAUGUGAGUCUGGAAGGAGAGUUUACAGUCUAACCAGACACCUAGGUAUUUGUAGUUGUCCACAUACUCUAGGUCAGUCCGUCGAGAGUAGUGAUUCUAGUCGGGUGGGCGGGUGCCAGCAGCGUUCGAUUGAAGAGCAUGCAUUUAGUUUUACUAGUGUUUAAGAGCAGUUGGAGGCUACUGAAGGAGUGUUGUAUGGCAUUGAAGCUCGUUUGGAGGUUUGUUAACACAGUGUCUAAUGAAGGGUCAGAUGUAUACAAAAUGGUGUCGUCUGCAUAGAGGUGGAUCUGAGAGUCACCAGCAGCAAGAGCGACAUCAUUGAUAUACACGGAGAAUAGAGUCGGCCCGAGAAUUGAACCCUGUGGCACCCCCAUAGAGACUGCCAUAGGUCCAGACAACAGGCCCUCCGAUUUGACACAUUGAACACUAUCUGAGAAGUAGUUGGUGAACCAGGCAAGGCAGUCAUUUGAGAAACCAAGGCUAUUUAGUCUGCCAAUAAGAAUGCGGUGGUUGACAGAGUCGAAAGCCUUGGCCAGGUCGAUGAAGACGGCUGCACAGUACUGUCUUAUAUCGAUCGCGGUUAUAAUAUCGUUUAGGACCUUGAGCGUGGCUGAGGUGCACCCAUGACCAGCUCAGAAACCGGAUUGCAUAGCGGAGAAGGUACGGUGGGAUUCGAAAUGGUCGGUGAUCUGUUUGUUAACUUGGCUUUCAAAAACUUUCGAAAGACAGGGCAGGGUGGAUAUAGGUCUGUAACAGUUUGGAUCUAGGGGGGGGGGGGGGGGGGGGGCAGAGCUGGUGGCCAGGGUAGUCAAUAAAAUCAUUAGACUGUAAGUGUGUGCCUCUAAGCUUGAUUAUUUUCAAUGAAGAUAUUGACAGAUAAAAUAACAAGCAAUAGAUGCAAGUGCCUAGCUAAAUUUUUGUUUUCUGUCUUUUCCUAAACCAGAUUCACAUGAAGACAAUGCCAGCGGCCAUGUUCAGACUCUUAACAGGACAGGAGACUCCUAUGUAUAUUUAAACCAAGGACAGAUCCCAUUCUCCUCCACAGAGGAGCUGUAAGCAGCGGUUGUUUACAGUCCAGUUGGAGAGCUCUGGGUGGACAAGACAAGACUAGCAGACUAAUGAGUGUCUGAGGAUGGCUAGUGAGCCAGAGUGAUUUAUCAUUUUUUCAUCUCAUCUUUUUUUAGCUAACAUUCAUUCAACUGACACUCCCUAUAUUUUGCUGAUGUUAAUACUAAAGAGGGUCAUCUGGGCAGAAGGUGUUUACCUUAUUUAUUUGUGUUGUUUGUGUUUUUUGGAUGUCAGUUCAGUGAGACUACAUGGAAUGCAUCACAAUGUAUUUUUUAUAUCCAUAUCAAUGUAAUAUUGUACCUGCAUAUUGUUUCAUUUAGUUUUCUUUGUUGUAUUUAUUUGUAGUGUAAAUACAUAUUUUGGUAAUGGGGAAGGACCAUGGUUGCUUUGUACAUAUUUAUUGACUUUUCCUGCUGGUUUGAUAGCAGGGAAAAGAGCCCUGGACUGCUAAAGGACAAUUGAAAUCCUGUUGUUAAUAUAGUUUAGCUGGACAGUAAAAGGGUGUUUGGGAGUGACUUGGGUAAUAUAAUUUUGUUUAUAUUUAUCAAGCAAAUGCUAGCAGCAGAGGUUGUAUGUUACCAAACGCCAUAUCCCUUCAGAUUUGAACUUUUUCAUUUUAUAGAAGUUCAACCUCAUCAUGAUAACAAGUCAUGAUGAGGUAAAGGUUUUUGACUAGUGUGCAAGUCUUUUUUUAACUUCCAUAUGUCAACACAAUUUAUUGGACAGCACUGUCUCUCACACAUUUUAAUAACAGUUCAUUCAAAACUGUUGAACUUAACAUUGGUUUGAUUUUCAAAAUAAUAAGCAAUGUAUGAAACUUGAAAGGGUCGUUUCUAUGUGUGCUAUGUUCAUCUUUUGUGUUCCACCCCAACAAAACUCAUUUGAGUCGAUUGUGAAUGUAUUGUGUUGUAAAAGCUGUGUCCAUUGCCAUAAGCAGUAUUAGAAUGUCUGUACAAAAAGAGAACUUUGUCUAGUAUUGUGUUCAUAAGCGUCACGGUUAGUCACUGCAAACAUCCCCCCUUCUGCUGUGUCGGGCUUCAGCCUUGAGAGAAAGAUGAACAAUGAAUCCCACUGUGACUGAGGAAGCCUUACGACUGAGUAAUGCUUUUAACAUGCAUUUUACUAAAAAUUACAUUUGAAAAAUUAACAUUUAUCUGUGUGCAUGCCUCAUGAUAGUAUCAAGUCAUUAUGGCAACAUAACAAUAAAAUCUCAAAUAAUCCCCAAUUUCUGUUUUGCUGGCUCAUUGGAAUAAUUGUUUUACUGUGAAUUGUGUCAUUAGGUUUUAUCAGUCAAC